AUGCAAACAACGAUGACUAGUAAUAAUAUUGAAAAUCGGAGAAAUACUGGCAACAUUGUUUAUGACAUCGACAAGAGAACAACUGGCCGAAACAAUCGAGUAGGAAUUAGUGCAACUGAAAUAGAACUUCUCAGUGAUAUACCACUUGCAUCGGAAAGAGUAGUAACAAGUACUCUAAGUAAUCCUUCGAAUUCACAAAUAUCAUCGUCGCACGUCAAUAAUCAACAGCAACCGAAUAAUUAUCAAGUAUUAUCAUUCAAUAGAGAACAACCAAAAUCGAAUGGUACGUCUCAAGAUGAUAAAGAUAAACAAUUGAAUUCUACUGUUGACAAACUUUUAGAAAAAUAUGCACCAGAUGCUAUUCCAAAGGAUACGAUCAAUGUAUCUACUAGUAGUCAACGACAACCAUCACCACCCAACCCUAAUGCUACAACAGCAGCACAUGAUCCGUCAUUAUUUUCUACAUUUCAACCAACAGCAAAUAAUUAUUCAACUGUAAUUCGACCCAAUACUGGACAAAUACCUCAAAGAAACGCAGUAACUAAUGAUACUUAUGGUAAUAAUAAAUAUACCAACAUACCGACUCGGUCGUCAAGACCAUUAAAUAACUAUGAUAGUUUUCAACAUAAUGCUCCAAUUCGACAGUCGGAACAAAAUCCACCACCACCACACAUUCCUGUUAAAACAAAAGAUGGAAAUGUUGCACAAGUAGUACCCGGUAGACUGUAUACAUUAACUGAUGAUCCACUUCAUCUACUCUACGAUAGACAAUAUUCAAAUACAUCUAAUGCAACAUCAUUCUCACAAUCAAAGCCUUCUGCACAAACUACUUUUCAACCUUCGAAUCAUUUUGAAACCCCUCAAGAACAUGUUACAAACGUGUUUGCAAAUACAUCAAACACAAAUGCACAAAAACCAACAUUAAGAACAACAGAUGGCAACUACAAUGGCAUGCAAUCAUUUGAUCUUGCAAAUUUAAUAAAGAAUGUUCAACAAGAUUAUCUUCGAGAAAUUCAACCAUUUGUAUCAAGUGCUAAAUUCGUUCAAAAAGAUAGCGAAUUUGGUCAAAAUGUAGGGAACAUUGAUUUUGUCGCACCUGUUACUGUUCGACAAGGUUUUACCGGGCAAGCUGAUGAUAUUCUUCGGCGUAGUUUUUCCCGACGUGCUCAAAAAUCACAAUCUGCUAGUAAUCAAAAUCACAAUGAUGUAGAUCUUGUAGGUAACCUGCACGAAUCAAAUAAAUAUCCUCCAUUUGAGAAACUUGAUUCAAGACAACCAUUUUCUUCUCUCACAUCCGUAUCACCAUAUAAUAGUGAUUAUGAGGAUGAAAUAGAUCAUGAACCAAAGAAAAAUCUUCAUGAUCAAGGAACAUCACCGCCUCCACAAUUUAAGCAACCACACACAAAAUUUCAAUUAAAAAAUCCUCCUGCUACUUCUAAAAUGAUUCCCACAAACCCAAUGACAACAAAUGAAAUUGAAUCAGCAACGCCCAAAAAUCCUACUGUGCCAAAAUUUGCAAGACGUAUUUCACCAGAUCGAAGUUCAAUGGCUUCCUCUGAAGAAGACUUAUCCAUUGAUGAGGAUGACUAUCCAGCUAAAUACAAUGAACAUGAUCAUAAACAUUCCUCAUUCGCUCAACCAAGCACAGUUGGAGCAAUCGAUAAAUCGGUUUCACGUGCGCCUAUUCAAGAAUCAGUGCCACCAACGAUUCAUAAACCAGAACUAAAUGCAACUUCAGCAACAGAUCCUCGACAUCCGUUGAAGCCACUUGCAAGUGAUGAAAGCCUUUCAUAUCCUUCUAGAUCAGAUCAAAUGAGUGACAGUGAUAAUGAGAAUAACAUACCAACAUCAUCAGCAGGUGCAUAUAAUGUUCAACAACAUCCAAUUAGUACACCGGGUGGACGCAACGCACCUGUGCCACAGACAGGUAGAGAUGUUCCACUACAAGCUGCCAGGGAUGCUCCGCCACAAACUGGCAGGAAUGCUCCUCCGCAAACGGGUAGAGAUGCACCACCACAGACUGGAAUAGAUGUACCGCCACAAGCUGCCAGAGGAGCUACACCACAGACUGGCAGAGAUGCACCGCCACAAGCUGCCAGAGGAGCUACACCACAGACUGGCAUAGAUGUACCGCCACAAGCUGCCAGAGGAGCUACACCACAGACUGGCAGAGAUGCACCGCCACAAGCUGCCAGAGGAGCUACACCACAAACAGGACGAGAUGCACCAGCAGCACAAGCAAGUGCUCGUGUUACAACAGCACAAGGUGCAUCGUCUACUGCAAGAGCAACCACUGAUAAUAAUGCAAGACAAGCUGUUGCAUCAUCAGGUUCGACUCGUCUAUUUCAAUCAGAUAAUGACUCGAAAUUUGGCCAGAAACGUUCACUUAAAGAUAUGCCAGCUGCUUUUGGAAAUAGAAUUAAAGGCAUUUUCCAUCGCAAAAAUUCGCCAGCCUCAUGA